UGUUUGUCCAAACCGAGUUUUAGAAGUAGAACGCCCAUUUUGCUUGCAGCGCCUGCAUCGGUCGGUGUGCUGACAGAUCAACAGACAGAAUAAGACAAAGAAACGCAAUGGACGGUGAUGUUGCAGUUGGUGUGAAGAGAGGCUCAGAUGAGCUCAGCAUGUACAGCAGCAGCCCCAGCUCCAUGGCCGCUAACGGUAGUGACAGUAAGAAACAGCGCCUGGACGAGUCGCCCCCCUCCAGAGUCCUGCACAUCAGAAAACUUCCCAACGAAGUGACAGAAACUGAAGUCAUUGCUCUGGGGCUGCCCUUCGGAAAGGUCACUAAUAUAUUGAUGCUGAAGGGGAAAAACCAGGCAUUUUUAGAGUUGAGUACAGAGGAAGCAGCAAUCACUAUGGUGAACUACUACUCAGCCGUCACACCACAGGUCAGAAACUCUCCAGUCUUCAUCCAGUACUCCAACCAUAAAGAACUGAAAACAGACUCUGCUCUGAAUCAGAGAGCUCAGGCGGUGCUGCAAGCAGUGUCAGCUGUUCAGGAUGGAAGCUCUCCUGCUUCUGACCAAGGAGUGUUGGAGCUCGCUCCACCUCCCAGUCCUGUACUCCGAAUCAUUAUUGACAACAUGUUUUACCCUGUAACACUGGAUGUUCUACAACAGAUCUUCAGUAAAUUUGGAACUGUGAUGAAGAUCAUAACCUUUACUAAGAACAACCAGUUCCAAGCUCUUCUGCAGUUCAGUGACCCAGUCAACGCACAGCAAGCUAAACUGUCGCUGGAUGGACAGAACAUCUAUAAUUCAUGCUGCACUCUACGGAUAGACUUCAGUAAACUGGUCAACCUCAAUGUUAAAUACAACAAUGAUAAGAGUCGUGAUUACACCAGACCAGACCUCCCUACUGGAGACGGAGAGUCAACCAACAAGGAUCACUCCUUACUGGGUACCCCAUCUGGAGCUCUAGCCUCCUACUCUAGUGGCGGAGGAUUCUCUUCUUCUCUCUCACUCUCACAGGGUGGAGGAGCCAUCAGCCCUCUGAGCGCUGCAGCGGCGGCGGCGGCAGCUGCGGGCCGUGUUGCUCUGUCCGGGUCUGGAGUGUCGGGGGUCCUGUUGGCAUCCAACCUAAAUGAAGAGAUGGUCACGCCUCAAAGUCUCUUUACCCUCUUCGGGGUCUACGGUGAUGUUCAGAGGGUGAAGAUCCUCUACAACAAAAAGGACAGCGCUCUGAUCCAGCUGUCUGACGGGAACCAGGCUCAGCUGGCCAUGAGUCACCUGAAUGGUCAGAAGGUGUUUGGUAAAGUGAUGAGAGUGACGCUGUCCAAGCAUCAAACCGUCGCUUUGCCCAGAGAAGGGCUGGAUGACCAGCUACUAACCAAAGAUUUUUCUGGUUCUCCACUCCACCGCUUCAAAAAACCCGGAUCCAAAAACUUUCAGAACAUCUUUCCUCCCUCUGCAACACUUCACCUCUCCAACAUCAGGGAUGGAGUUGGAGAGGAUGAUCUCCGUCUUCUGUUUUCUAACAGUGGAGGAACGGUCAAGGCCUUCAAGUUUUUCCAGGACCGUAAGAUGGCUCUGAUCCAGAUGUCGUCGGUGGAGGAAGCCAUCCAGACUCUGAUUGACCUCCACAACUACGACAUGGGAGGAAACCACCACCUUAAAGUCUCCUUUUCCAAGUCCACCAUCUAACCUGCACACCAGCUCUGAAACAACGAGUUCUCUGACUAGAAGUCACGGCAUUUGUCCUCUUUUGAACUUUUUCUGUGAAUAGUUUUCCGUUGAAGUAUUUUAAAGAAAAGCUAAUUCCAUUAAAGCAGCAGCAGCGUUUAGCUCGGCAAGUUUCUAAAAGCGUCUUAUCGUUAAAAGCUGCUAAGCACCAGCUCCCUGUGGUUUUCGUUCAGUCAAGUGAAGUGAAGGUCCGUCGCAACAUCAGAGUGUUUACAGGUGAAAAAGCCUCAUCUGGGAUUAAGACAUGGAAUUAUAAUUUGUGUCAGAUUUCAGCUUUGGUAUCCAGAGAUGACCCCUCAGCGGGGCAGUUUCAGCUUUUAGACUUUUAUUGGACGUUUGAGGUUCGUUCUUCAUAAACUGCUGAGACAUCAUCUUGUGCUCCUAAGCAAACUGCGGUUUCCUCCACCAUCGGGUGUGGUGAGCUGAUGGCUCGUGUUGUGACACACUACCAGCUAAAGUCAGGGGCUUGAAUCAGAACUCGGAUCUGUUUGUGUGUUUGAACGUUUCACGUCUUUUUUUUUUAUGUAACGAUCAAACAAAGUUGUUUAAAAUGUUGACAGAUCAGAUCUACGCAUCUUAGAAUUGCGUAUCUCACUUCACUAACUUCAGUAACUUUUAACCACAGGUAAAAAAGUCUGCCAAGUUCAUCAUGUUUUCGGGUAUUUAAAUCCUCCGAACGACCAGGAGCUGGGUGUGUGUGGAAAAAAAAUUCAGUUUGAAGCUUGUUCUUAUUUCACAGGAGGACCAUUUCUGUUUCACAUCCUUUCUUUGUUUAAAUUUGGAGUCAACAAUGCUGAAUCAUGCACCGAGUUCACCACAUGCAUCGUUAAAGGUGACAGUUUUUACAUUAAAAUCCCAGUUUUGUUAGAAAAGCAGCCAAAAACACUGGACGCGUGCUAACGCUGUCCUUUUAAACGAAUAAUAAACAUGUGAUUCUGGUCUGGCCUGUUGGGACCACAUGUGCCUUUAUUCUCUGAUCUGAUUGUCUAAACGGAUCAUUUUAUUGGUUUGUGGUCUAAGCUGACGUUAUUCCCAGUCCUCUGUCUGUGUGAUCGUGUUCUUCAAGCAGAGAUGCACACAGCAAAGCUGGGUCACCGUUCAUCCGAGCUCUUCAAAGUGGUUUUAUUUUCUUUAAGGUAGGAACAUUUUUCUUUGCUCUUUGAUUUUCUGUUAAGUUUGUUGUAAAACUUGGUUUCUGUUUCUUUUGUGAAAACAUUUCAGACUAGCACAAAUUAAACUUGUCUUUUUCUACCAACCAGUUCAAGUAAAAGUGUGGUUUUGUGUACGGAUAGUUUGGUCUCUUGUAUCUUACCUGUAAUAAACUUCUUUCUGUC